CUACGUAUCAAUACUGGCGACAGUAUUUACUCUCCGCCGCAUGCUGAGCGGAGGCUCAAUGAGGAGGACCUUCACCCUGUGCGUUCAGCUCUAACUGUGUCGGGUCAGCCAUGGAUGGAGACGUGCUGUCGUUGUCCUCCUCCUCAUCGUUACUGUCCUCAUCGGCGACGGCGGGAGCGCAGACAGAUGCCUUGCCCAAGAGCGACAGCAGCCUCCCUCAGAGCCAUGAGGAGCACAAGUCAACUGAAGAGCUGUGGACAGAGGAUGGGGGCCCUGUGGGUGACCGGCUGCUGUCCACAGAGGAGCAGGUCACUCUGAUCACAGAGAGCAUGACGGUCACCUCCACUGACCAGGAGAAACUGCUGCUGCUAAAUCGGAACACCGAGCUCCGCCGAGUCAACAAAGAGCUGAUGAAGCUGAACGAGGACUGGGACCAGGUGUACCGCAGUGCCACCGUGGGCCUGCAGCACCGGCUGGAGGCCCUGGAGCUGGAGAACACGGCCAUCAAGCAGCUCAACAGCAGGCUGCUGCUCAAAGUGGAGCACCAGGAGAGCGCGAAGGGGUACUACGAGCAGGCCCUGAUGCAGGAGCUGAAGAAGAACCAAGAGCUGCGGGAGUACGUCGCCGUGCUCGAGAACAGGAUGCACCACCCGGAGAGAGAGUGCACACCUGCCAAACAGGGCAACUUCGGUGCUGCGGUGCGUGACCCUCUCGCGUUCGCUGCCAAUAAGCCGGCCGUUCCCGACCUGGCACCCAAGAGCAGCUCUGAACGCCUCUCCUCGCCCUCCUUCCUGCCCGCGUCCUCCCGCCUGGAGGCGGGGCGGCCGAGGAAGAGCAAUAGCGCGCCACUGGGAGCGCUGGGAGAGUCCCAGCAGGACAUGCAGGCUCUAAAAGAGCAGCUGGAGGCUCUGCGGUGUCAGACUCAGAUUUAUGAAGCAGAAUACCAGACGGAACAUAAUGACCACAAACACACACUGCAGGAGAACCGGAGGCUGAGGAGGAAGAGGGAGGAGAUGCGCCAACAGGUGGCACUGCUGCAAGAGCAGCUCAAGAUUUAUGAAGAUGACUUCCGACGGGAGCGGUCCGAUAAACAGAUGCUGCAGCGCCUGCUGCUAAAGAAGACCCCUCCGAAAAAGGACCCGGUGCUGGUUCACCGCUGCAAUAACGACGAGCGGCCGCUAGGGGGAGACAAGAGGACACAAAGCGGGGAGAAACGAAAUCAGCACCACCCACUGUGCCCCAAGCAUCCAAAUAGAGACAAGGAGUCUGAAUGAACGAAUGAGGCUCGGAUGGAAGAUAUCCUGAGUCUGUGUGAGACGUGAAGCCGCAAAAAAAGAACAAUGUGAAAUGAUUUCAAAAAACAUGUUGUGACAUUGCGAAUGCUUUCUUAUUCCAUGUGCCAGUGACAGCACAGCAUUAUAUAUUUCCCAUAUAUAUGUGUGUGUGUGUGUGUGUGUGUGUGUGUGUGUGUGUGUGUGUGUGUGUGUGUGUGUGUGUGUGUGUGUGUGUGUGUGUGUUUAAAAGAAACAGUAACAUGAAAAAAAAUGUAAGAAUGUGACCCAGCAUGAACCAAUCUGGCUCAUAAUGAUCCAUGAUGUAUUUUUAUACCUAAACUUAAUAGAAAUUGCUGGAGUAGUAAUUUUAAUAUGUAAUGUUACGCAAUCAUUUAUUAACUUUUUUAUAUUUAACAUAUAUAUCUUUCUAAUAUUAAUUCUAUAUGAAUUAAUCUAUUUGCUUAUUUUUCAAGCAUUGAAAAGAAUAAUAAAAUAAAAGAUGCACUUGG